CCUGAGCGCGCGCCCGGUAGGGCGGGCCCGGACUCGCGGGCCGGGACUCGCCGCUCGCACGCCCUUGGGCCGCGGCCGGGAGCCCGCUCUGCUUUCCGCUUCCGACGCGCUGUCCAGGGAGCCGGUGGAUGUGCGGCAAUAACAUGUCUGCCCCAUUGCCCUCCGUCGUUCCUGCUGCCCGGAAGGCCACCGCCGCGGUUAUUUUCCUUCAUGGAUUGGGAGAUACUGGGCACGGAUGGGCAGAAGCUUUUGCAGGUAUCAGAAGUUCACAUAUCAAAUAUAUCUGCCCGCAUGCGCCAGUUAUGCCUGUUACAUUGAAUAUGAAAAUGGCUAUGCCUUCUUGGUUUGAUAUCAUUGGACUUUCACCAGAUGCUCAGGAGGAUGAACCUGGAAUUAAACAAGCGGCAGAAAAUGUAAAAGCUUUGAUAGAUCAAGAAGUGAAGAAUGGCAUUCCAUCUAACAGAAUUAUUUUGGGAGGAUUUUCUCAGGGAGGAGCCUUGUCUUUGUACACUGCUCUCACCACACAGCAGAAACUGGCAGGUGUCACUGCACUCAGUUGUUGGCUUCCACUCCGGGCUUCAUUCCCACAGAGUCCCAUCAGCGGCCCUAAUAGAGAGCUAUCUAUUCUUCAGUGCCAUGGAGAUUGUGAUCCUUUAGUUCCGCUAAUGUUUGGUUCUCUUACUGUUGAAAAACUAAAGACUUUGGUAAAUCCAGCAAAUGUAACCUUCAAAAUCUAUGAAGGCAUGAUGCACUGUUCAUGUCAACAGGAAAUGAUGGAUGUCAAGCAAUUCAUUGAUAAACUCCUACCUCCGGUUGAUUGACAUCACUAAGAGGCCUUGUGUAGACGUACACCAGCAUCAUUGCAGUAGAGUCUAAACCUUUUCCCAUGCUCAACUUUAAAACUUUUAAUGUUUGCAGUGUUGAAAUGUUUUGCAGAUACACACCAAUGAUACAGACAAAAUAAUGGCUCCUCCGUGGGAAACCUAGGAUCUUUUAAGUUUCUAUACAUGUAUUUGUAUACGAUGAUCCAGACUACACUAGUAUUAAAAUAGGUGAAGCACCUAGCUUCUUUUUCUUAAAUGUAAUUGAGCAAAAUAAAAUACUACAACCAAAUUUUUUAUCAUAUCAUUUGAAAAUUACUAGUAUGCUUGACAAAAAUUUGUUUCAGUAUAAACAAGCAAUCAAGAUAUAAACAAUUUAUGCAUGCUGUGACUUGGUCUAUGGAUUUAUUCCAAAAUUGCUUAGUCACCAUGCAGUAUCUGUAUUUUUUAAUAUAUAUAUAUUCGUAUAUACAUAAUGAUGGUAAUACAUACAAUUAGAUGGUGUUACAUUAUUCCUGAUAAUAGGGAUAAUGCUUAUAAGUGUCAACAGAGAAUAGUGUUGCUCUUUUCAAUUAAUUGUCCUUUUAUUUGGGGGACCAGGCUGUUCUUUUCCUUGAUAUUAUUUCUAUUUAAUAUUCUUUUCUCUCGAGAAAAAUAAAAGUCCUUUCUUUCUUGAUUGUCCUUCAGUAGCAGACCAGUUAUUGCUUCCUUGCCAUAGACAUCUGAAUCACUGACAUAGGAUAUUUAAGAUCAAUGUAUGCUUUAAAAGAAAUUGAACAUUAUUUAAACUCCCUGUACUACAUAUUUCAAAAACUAUACCUUAGUCCAAAUUUAGACCUGUUUAGUUAUUAGAAUAUUCAAUCAAUAAGAACAAUUCUGUCUGUAGUUUUAUUUUUUCUGUAAACAACUGAAAGACUAAUUAGGUCAUAUUUUGAAUUUUCUGAAAUAUUUGAGAUUGAUCUUAAAAACUGGUUUCUAAAAUGAUUGGGUCUUAUAGCAUACGGUUUAGAUUUACUUUUUCUCUCUCUCUAUAUAUAUAUGUUUGAAACCAACUACUACAGAAAAUGAGCUGUCCAUUAGAAAAAGUUGCUUUAUUUUUGUCUGCCAGUGUACUUAUUUGAAAUUUUCAGUUGAGUCAAAUGAUUUUUAAAAUUAUGCCUGUAAUCCCAGCAACUCUGGAGGCUGAGGCAGGAGGAUCACAAUUUCAAGGCCAGCCUCACCAACUUAGAGAGACCCUAAGCAAUUUAGCAAGACCCGGUCUUCAAAAUAAAAAAUAAAAAGGGAUGAGGAUAAAGCUCAGUGGUAAAGUACCCCUGGGUUAAAUUUUCAAUAUCAAAAAAGCAAUUCUUUGGUUAAUAUGCAUUAGAUUUUCCAGAUUACUGAUAAAAAUUAUUUGAAAACAAAUUUAUGGGUAAUAAAAAUUAAUCAGACCCCCCCUAUAUAUAUGAUGUAGUACCCUCACAAUUUAGUAUAUUGCAAAAAUGUAUGCUUAAUAUUUCUGAACUGUUAAUUUUUUUUCUGUACUCCAACUGACCAAAACAAUGUUAAGAAUGCAUCUUUAUAAAUGGGUGCUAAUUGAUAAUGGAAAUAAUUUCGUAAUGGACAAUAUAGGAUGUUAAUAAUGAAGCCAUAUGUUUAUGUCUGGAUUUGAAAAUUUUAAACAAUCAUGUACUAAGUCAUUUUUAUUUUAACUUGAAGAACAAAAACUGUUUAAUUUCAGUUAUACAAAUCAGUAAGAUCUUAUUUAUGGCAAGAAAUAUUCCGUUGAAAUGUUGUGCUGUAACAUGGGAAAAUGUCGGUGUUUUUCACAGUUUCUAUAAAUGUGAAAUAAAAUUUAAUUCUGACUUU